UUUAUGGUUUCUUAAUUAUUUAUACCACCGUUCUUCUUUCCUAUAUCUCGUGCAAAAAAAAAAUCCCAAAUUCUUCUCCAUCUCCCUCUGUCUCUCUCUGCCUUCUUUACACAGAUAUAUUAACCUAUCAUUAGAUGAUAAUAAACACUAGGUAAACAAAAUCUUUAGGUAUCGAUAGAAAUGGAGGCUAAGGAUGAGAGUAAGGGCAGUAUAAGUAUGGUCGAGGCUAGCCUGCCUCCUGGCUUCAGAUUCCACCCGAGAGACGACGAACUCGUCUGCGACUACUUGAUGAAAAGAACCGUUCGCAGCCUCUAUCAACCAGUUGUCUUGAUCGAAGUCGAUCUCAACAAGUGCGAGCCUUGGGACAUUCCUCAAACGGCGAGAGUGGGAGGAAAAGAAUGGUAUUUUUACAGCCAAAAAGAUAGGAAAUACGCAACGGGGCAAAGAACAAACCGGGCUACGGCCACAGGUUAUUGGAAAGCCACAGGCAAAGAUAGAGCAAUCCAAAGAAAUGGUGGACUUGUGGGCAUGAGAAAGACACUUGUGUUUUACCGUGGUCGAGCCCCCAAAGGUCGUAAAACCGAUUGGGUCAUGCACGAGUUUCGUCUCCAAGGAACGCCUCGUCACCAGUCCCCUAAUUCUCUCAAGGAAGAAUGGGUAUUGUGUAGAGUUUUCCACAAGAACAGCAACGAAGUGGACAGAGAGAACAACAACAUGAGAAGCUGCUCUGAUGAAACAGCCUCUGCAUUAAUGGACUCUUACAUAAACUUUGAUCAUCAUCAUCACAUCAUGAAUCAGCAAGUGCCCUGCUUCUCCAAUAUGUCACAGAACCAAACUAACCAAUCCGGUUUGGUCUCCAAGAAUCCCAACCCGUUGUUUACUCCUUCCUCUGAUCAGAUGGUUCUCAGAGCUUUGCUAAGUCAGCUCACCAAGAGCGCCGAAAAAUCGCAGAGCCACGGAGAAGGAAGCUCUGAGAGCCAAUUAACCGACAUUGGCAUCCCAAGCCAUCAUGCUUGGAAUUAUUGAUCAUCAUUACCAGAAAUCUAUAUAUAUAUGAAUCAUACAUUUACGAUUGGAAACAUUAAUUGAUCACCCCUUUUGUGUAAACUAUUGUACUAGCACACACGCAUCUAUAUUUAUAUUUCACCCAGCGAUUCAUAGCAGACUAACAUUUCUAAAAGAGAAGCCAUCGAAUGAAAA